AUGCCCAACAUCGCGCCCAGGGUCCAUAUUCUGGGCCUUGGUAGCAUUGGCUCCUUCAUCGCCCACUCUCUCCGCUCUCUCCCGAGCCCCCCACCUGUGACACUACUCGUUCACAGAAAAGAUCUCUAUCAACAAUACGCGUCAAAAGACUGGAAGAUCAAUCUGCAGGUCGGAGAGAAAGGCGCGCCACGAGAACAACACGGCUUCGAUUUCGAAUUGAUCAAUGGCCCUCGUGUGCCUCAAUCCCCAAUUGAGAAUUUAAUCGUAUGUGUCAAGGCGCCCGCAACAGCGUCCGCCCUUGAGCCUAUCAAGCAUCGCAUUGGGCGAAAUUCCACGAUCUGCUUUUUUCAAAAUGGUAUGGGCCAGAUCGAUCGUUUGAACCAGCAUGUCUUUGAAACUCCUUCGACGCGCCCCGCUUAUCUGUUCGGUAUCCUCCGGCAUGGGGUUUACCUGAAGUCUCCAACCGAAGCCGUCCUUUCUGGGCUCAACGGCUGUGCCGAGGUUGGCGCAGUACCCUCUGAAGCAUCAAACCCGUCACCCGAGAGCUCUACUAUUCUAUUGAACCUUUUACUUCAAUCGCCUACCCUGCGAUGCUCAAAGCUGGACUGGGCAGAUCUCCUCCAGGUGCAACUCUUAAAGCUGGCCACGAACUGCGUUCUGAACCCUUUGACGGCUCUAUUGGAUGUCCGAAACGGUGAGAUCAAGGACAACCCCGCAGUUGUGCCGCUCUACCGCAAUCUUCUGAAAGAGAUUUCUGGCGUCUUUGAGAGACUACCGGAGCUUCGGGCUGUACCUCAUGAUCCAAGUCGCUUUUCAGCUCUUUCGCUUGAGACUUCGAUGCUGGAUACGGUAGAAAAGACCGCAGGCAAUUCAAGCAGUAUGCGUGAAGAUAUCCUGAAGGGUCGGGCAACUGAGAUUGAAUAUAUGAAUGGAUGGAUCGUCAAGCGCGGCGAAGAGUUGGGGGUUCAAUGUCCCACGAACAGUCUCAUGGCUCAGUUGAUUCUUGCAAAAGGUGCACGAAAUGCUAGUGGAGUUUGA